AAAAGAAUAGAAAUAUUAUAGAGGCGAACUGGGCGCAGGAGAGUGGGGUGAUUACGUAAAAGCCCCCUUUUUCAGACGAGAAAAAGGCGCGUUACUAUUUUGUAUUGUGCUAACAUGUCGUCAGAAAACCAAGAGUCGGAGGCUCAUCUGGAGUCUGGCGAGGAAAAACAGGACUCUCAGGAGAAGGACUCUAACCCACUGAAGUCGGAGGAGGCCAAGCUGAAAGCCAAGUACCCCAACUUGGGACAGAAGCCCGGGGGGUCAGACUUCCUGAUGAAGAGGCUACAGAAAGGGCAAAAGUACUUUGACUCAGGCGACUACAACAUGGCCAAGGCCAAGAUGAAGAAGCAGCUGCCGUCGGCCGCCCCGGACAAGAACCUGGUGACGGGCGACCACAUCCCUACGCCGCAGGACCUGCCACAGAGGAAGUCCUCGCUGGUCACCAGCAAGCUGGCGGGCUAGGGGGAGCCGCGCGACCAUCGCCUAGCAACGACCCCACACCCCACCCCCCCCCCCGCCCAAAUCUACUCCUUCCCCCCCU